UCGCUGGGGGCAGAGACAGAGAGGAUAAAAGGGCAGAGGCUCCUCUCUCUCUUUCUCAUUCUUCUCAAUCGAGGUCUUCUCGAUUUCCCUCUAGCAACUAAACAAGAGCGAAAAGGAAGAGACACUCUGAUAUCUUACUCUCACCCUAGUGAGGACUUUGAUAUGUGCGGUGGCUCAAAACCUAAGCUUUCUCCCUCUAAUAACGACAUGGAUAGCGAGUUUCGGAAGCAGGAUUUCUAUGUUCUUGGUAACAUCUCAAGUCUGCUGGAGCUGUCUGCCACCGAUGAUCUCGAAACCUUCAGAAGGGAAGUAGAAGAGAAGGGUUCUGACGUGAACGAGGAAAGUCUUUGGUAUGGAAGAAGAAUCGGAUCGAAGAAGAUGGGAUUGGAGAAGAGGACGCCUCUCAUGGUUGCUUCUUUAUUCGGAAGCACCGAGGUGCUGAAGUAUAUUAUUGAAACCGGUAGAGUUGAUGUGAACAGGGCCUGUGGUUCCGAUAAGGCCACGGCUCUCCACUGUGCUGUUGCCGGUGGCUCUGAAUCCUCGCUUCAGAUUGUUAAGCUCUUGCUUGAUGCAAAGGCAAGUCCUGAUUGCCUUGAUGCUACUGGAAAUAAGCCUGUUAAUUUGAUUGUUCCUGCCUUUAGUUCUUCAUCCAACUUGCGAAGGAAGGCGAUGGAGUCGUUGCUGAGAGGUGAUGAAUUAGGUGGGGAAAGUCAUCAAAUUAUCGAACAGGAGGAGGAGCAACAGAAAACUGCGGCGCCUUCUUUAGCAUCAAAAGAAGCAGCAGAGAAGAAAGAAUAUCCUGUUGAUAUAUCUUUGCCUGACAUAAACAAUGGUAUAUACGGAACAGAUGAGUUCAGGAUGUACAGUUUCAAGGUGAAGCCGUGUUCGAGGGCAUACUCUCAUGACUGGACUGAGUGUCCAUUUGUUCAUCCCGGGGAGAAUGCAAGGAGGAGGGAUCCACGGAAGUAUCCUUACAGCUGCGUUCCUUGCCCGGAGUUCCGCAAGGGAAGCUGCCCGAAGGGGGAUGCCUGUGAGUACGCUCACGGUGUUUUUGAGUCAUGGCUCCAUCCUGCUCAAUACCGAACAAGGCUUUGCAAGGAUGAGACUGGUUGCUCAAGGAAAGUUUGCUUCUUUGCUCACAAACCUGAAGAGUUGCGCCCUGUGUAUGCUUCCACUGGUUCAGCAAUGCCUUCACCAAAAUCCUUUUCUGCUAGUGCAAUUGACACAACAGUUAUGAGUCCAUUAGCUCUUAGCUCCUCAUCUUUGCCCAUGUCAACUGUGUCAACACCACCCUUGUCUCCUUUGGCUGCUUCAUCUCCCAAGGGUGGAAGCUUGUGGCAGAACAAAAUAAACCUCACCCCGCCAUCCUUGCAACUCCCGGGUAGCAGGCUGAAGGCGGCCUUAAGUGCUAGGGAUCUUGAUUUGGAGAUGGAACUGCUCGGGCUAGAAAGUCCGGCUAAACACCAGCAGCAGCAGCAGUUGAUAGAAGAGAUAGCUCGAAUCUCUUCCCCAUCAUUCCGGAACACAGAUUAUAGUAGGAUGGGUGAUUUGAAGCCAACUAACCUCGAUGACCUUUUGGGAUCUGUUGAUCCUUCUGUUCUUUCUCAACUUCAUGGAAUGCCUACUCAGCUGCAAUCUCCAAAUGGGCUUCAGAUGCAGCAAAACAUGAACCACCUUCGGGCAAGCUAUCCCACCAACCUUCCUUCCUCACCGGCAAGAAAUUCCUUGGGUUUAGGGUUUGAUUCAUCAUCUGCUGUGGCAGCAGCAGUGAUGAACUCCAGAUCUGCAGCCUUCGCAAAGCGAAGUCAAAGUUUUAUUGAUCGUGGGGCAGUAUCACCCCGCCAUUUUGGGCAAUCUACGGCCUCCAACACCGCCUGUAGGGUAUCUUCUGCACUUUCAGAUUGGAGAUCCCCUGAUGGGAAAUUGGAUUGGGGCAUGAAUGGAGAUGAGCUGCACAAACUGAAGAAAUCUGCUUCUUUUGGGAUCAGAAACAAUGGAAACACUAACGCUACUAUGGCACGGUCUGAAAAUUUUGAGCCAGAUGUGUCGUGGGUUAAUUCUUUGGUUAAAGAUGCCCCCUCUGAGAAGCAGCAGCAACAAUUUGAUCCCAGUAGAGAGAUGCUCCCACCAUGGGUGGAGCAGCUAUAUAGGGAACACGAGCAGAUAGUUGCAUAAGCAAUGGCUGCCAUGGCAACGCUCCUUGAUUAUUCUGACAAAGUUUAUUUAUUUAUUUAUUUAUUAUUAUUUUGAAUUUUUAUAACUAUUCCACAUUACAUAGAGUAUAGUCAGAGAUAGGACGAGGAGUGCUGCAAAGAAUAAAAUCCUGGAUAUUCACAGAGAUUCGAGAGGGUAGCAACUUUUCUUCUAGUUCAAUGAUGAGGAGAAAAAUGAAGCAGCGAUGCUCUUUUUACCCCCUGUAAUUGUAUUAUCUGAUUAUUUCUCCUUUCUGGAAGUUUGGGUGUAUUAUCUUUAGCAUGGAAAAUUUUAUCAUUGCUGAAGGAGCUUGUCUGUUUUAGUCUUUACACACAUCUGUACAAGUACAACUUCCGAAA